AUGAUUAUCAUCUUACUUAUACUGGCAUGGAUAACUGUUGUAUAUGAACCAUCACAGGCUCAUAUAAACAUUUUGCCUUUGAUUAUGAAUCCUAGUGAAUCCAAUAUCAUUUCACAAACAGACGACAAUGAAUCUCCAUCCCAAUUAAUAGGUCACGAUUUUAUACUGGAUGGUUCAUUAUUUCGCUCUGACAGUGAUGACUUUAAUCAAUUAACUUUAAAUGAUCAGCUUGGCCAACAACAGAAUCUCGCUAUUGAAUGGACUGAAUUAUUGAUUAUUGACUUCUGGGCCACUUGUAAUCAAUUAUGUAAAUAG